AAAGAUACUGAGGGGUCAUCUUUGCUUUCACUCACGGACUAUUUGUGUCAUCCUGUGCAAUGCCCAGGGCAUAUCUGUCGUCUUAACUUUACAGGCUUGUAAAUCAAGUUUGUUAGUCUUUCUGAGGAAAGAAAUAGCUUGGGCGUAUUCCAGGUCAUUCAGUCGCUUGACGCUCGCCCCAAGAGCUGUACACUGACCGACAUCGUACUGUAUCGGUGACAUAUGUUACCUGAGCAAUGCCUUCAGCGGUUUUGACAUUUUUUGUCUUCUUUCAUGGAUUUUUUAUCAUCUUGUGUGAUGGGCAGAGUAUAUCUGUUGCCAACAACAUUUACGAUUCUCUUCCUAAACUUGGAUGUAAUCAGUUUUUGGCCUUGAUAAAUAAAGCACAGUUAUCAUCAAGGUUCCAGUAUGCCCAAGAAAAUUAUUGGACUGUCAUUGUUUGGAAUGAUACUGCAUUUGAGAAUUUGCCACCUGCACGCAAAAGUGAGAUGCUGUCUAUGACAACAGCACAGAAUGAGGCCUACAUCACAGCAUUCACACUCACUAGAGUUUUGGAAACAACAACGUUCAGUGAGCAGCGACCAGAAAUGAGCAGAUCAGCAUACCAAACCAAAGUUUUCUUCAAUAUUCGUUCUCGACGCGAAGGGGAUGUUGCCAGUGGGACAGCUGGUCCCACAGAGUACUAUGCUAAUGGUGCCUUGAUCCUGAGACCAAAUAUUCCAGCAGGAAGAUCUAUGAUACAUGUUGUUGAUCGUGUCUUGGAACUCCCAAGCAAAUAUGGAGUUAAGGGGUUUAUCUCUCUACCAGGACAACCAGACACUGCAUUCUACGACAAUGUAGUGACGUUCUUGCCUGCUGAAUACUGGAAUGAUGUGGUGGAGCCAUUGAACAAUAAUCAGCGUGUCACAGUAUUCAUCCCUACUAAAGAGGCGAUAGAUCGCAUACCUACCGACAAGUUGCAGCAACUGCGAGGAUCUUCACAGCUCCUUCGUGAUGUGAUUAAGCGGCACAUUAUUGCAGACCAAAUAAUGUAUACAUCAUUUGUGUACCACAAUGAAGGUGUCAACACCUUGUAUGGACAACUCAUCUACAGAAUCAGCAGCGAGAGAGAGACAGUGUUUGUCAGCGGUGGAGCUGUUACAGCUCAGGUGGUCCAAGGCAAUAUCACUGCCAUGAAUGGUGUGGUGCAUUUCAUUGACACUUUACUGGGCUAUGUUUACAAUACUGCUUUAGACGAGAUCAGGCUAACUUCAUUUGCAACGACAUUUGAGAAUGUACUCAUCAAAUCUCGCAAUGACCUGCAGAAUGCUAUUGUACUGCCUAAUGGCAUCACUGUGUUUGUUCCUAUCAACCAAGCUUUCAGCAACUUGCCUACCAUGUAUAAUUUUCGUACAAACCAGUCUCUCAUCAAUAUGGUCAUGGAGCUGUGCAUGCUUCAACAAGGAAUGGAGUUUCAGCUUACAAGUGUUAAUGGAGAUUAUGAAGCAAGGCGAACUCUUCUGUCACGCUACUUUAACCGCCCUGUCAACGUUUACAGUCAGGGCAAUGAGACAUGGGUGGAAUCAGGAUACGUAAAGGCAAAGGUGGUGCGGCCUGACAUAGGAGUUACCAAUGGAUUCAUACACUUCAUUGAUGCAGUGCCAGGGCUACCAAGCAAAAGUAUUCCAGAUACCAUUUUCUGUGAAGACUGGUUAAUCAAAUCACAUAUGGAGCUACAAAUAACAGGGUUGGAUGUUUAUCUGAGUGAUCCACUGGCAAAGGCAGUUGUACCAUGUGCCUCCAGCACAGGUGUCAACAAGUAUCCCGCAUCCAGCCAGCAGCAAGCUGCCUCAGCACCUCCAAGCUGUGGUACAAUAGGAGAACGUUGUUCUUUUACUGUCUUCAUCCCCAAUGGGACAGCCAUUGACUUUUUUGAAAAUCAGACCUACGGUAAACAGAUACCAACAGAUGGCAGUGGGUGUUGCGUCGCCACAUGACAAGACAGAUCAUCUACAUAGACCAGACAGCACUGACACAAGAGAGGGAGUACACUGCAGACAAUGGAGAUGUUGUCCGGUACAAGCGUUCUACUGAUCGAUAUGCAUAUUUGUACUUCAGAGGAAAGCAAGCACGAAUUUUGCACUCUGAUCUGGGGGCCACAAAUGGUGUUGUUCACAUCAUUGAUCAAGUCAUCUUCACUGAAGAUGAUUUACCUCUUGAUUCUUUUUCCCCCUCAAGUCCCACAACUUCAGCAGUUCCUAAUUUAACAUUAAAUGUUAAUACAUCUGUAUCUCCCACUUUACCUCCUGUCCCCACCGGAGUUCCCUUGUUUGGAUUAUGUCCGCUCACUUCUGCAGGGGCACAGAUUUUUGCAUUAUGUCCACUCCCUAAUUUAGCUACCAAUUUCACUUUGAGUCCCCUCAAUUCUUCAUCUCUAAUGUUUGGACUAUGUCCUAUCUCUUCUGAAACUCCAAUGCUUGCAUUAUGUCCUCUCACUUCAAUUAACACAGCAUCAAGUCCUCUCCGUUUGACACAAAGUCUUACAUCAUCAGCUGCUUUGUUGAUAGCAAGUCCUCAUUUAUAUGUAGGAUAUAUUUUUGGACUUUAUUUGACCCACAUUCUGCAAGUUUUUACAUUUAAUAAAAUAAGUAAAUAAAAAAUCUUAUUUGCAAUAAUAUGUUUCCUAAGGUCUCAAGAUUUUGAUACAUAUUAAAAUACAAAAGCUUGAGAGGCACUGAUGAUCAGAUUUUUAAUAGCUUGAGAGAGUGCCCCUCACACUUUUAUCUGCCAAUCUGACUGAUGCGUCACAUUCUAUUUAUACAUGCUUUCAAAUUCUUAACACCUAGGUACACAUUACAUGAAAAGCACAGGGCGCACAAAAGCGAUGAGAGAAACUAUCUGCACAAUACUUUCACACCUGUGAUGUUCUAACCUGACCAGCACUCAAUGUGACAUGCAUAGGAACUUUAACUGCAAACAUUCACACACACUGUUCUGCAUACCAGGGUUUCUUGGUCUCCUAAGGGUGGCAUCUUUUGUUUUGUGGUUUUUAUUGCUUUACUUUUUCAAUACAAUAUAUAGGGGAAGGAAGUAUUGCAGUAUUUGUUAUCAACUUUUUUUUGUGUUCACUUUGCGAGUUUAUUCCCUUCUUGUAGGCUGAAUUAGUGGAGAUAACCUGAUAACCUGUAGUUAACUAGAACAGCAGUUACUUUUCUCCUCUAAUUUGGCCAGUAAGUUCUCAGACAAAAUUAAAUAAAAUUUUUUUUACUGCUUCUGGACUGCUGAAAAUGAUUUAUUAUUCUAUGGUCACCAGAAAUGAGUAACUGGUACAAAUUUAAUACCUUUAGGACGAGUAGUGGGUGAAAAAUUGAUUAGAAAAUUCCACCAACACUCAUACAUACAUGGUGAGUUAAAUAAGUGUCAAAAUAAUAAAAAGUAUGUAUCUUGCGAAGGGCGGUUUGAAGUCAAACAGAUGAAAUACUUCAGAUGGCUGUCCUUAAAAAUUUGAGCAUUUUAGUUGGCCUUAGUUCAUUACAUGAAAAAACAAUCUGAAUGGGUGAGACAGCAGUACAAGCAUUAAUCAGAUAAAUAAAACGGACAAGUUAUUGUACUUUGUGCAUUUUAGUCUGUUGAGAAGAUAUCUGAUGCCUAAAACUGUGGGAAAAGAUGUGACAUUGUAUUAUUUUAGGUUCUAUGGAUGUUAGGCCCAUUAUAUUUGUGCUUAUUUAAGCUGAUAUGUAAUUACCUUAAUAGUAUGAGUAAGGAAUUUUAUCAAGGCUAAAGAAAACACACUGCUCUCAAUGUUUAUGUAUAUCAUGUACUAUCUGAUAAUGUAUAUUAUUCAUGUAUACACCAUUUUUUAAUUUUGAACACAGAAUAAGCUUCCUACUUUUCUGACUACUAUUUUUCUUCCUAGAGCUGAUAUGCUUCCAAGUUGUAAUCCAUGGUUUAUGUUCUCUAGCUUCAUUCUCAUGACUUCAAUUAGUCACCAGAGAAAAAAAACGCAUUUCAGUGAUGGAAAUAAGGAACGAGUUUGCCUUUGUGUUGCUUAUGGCAAAGAAGAGAGUUAUUUCCUUAUAGAUCGACUCAUUUCUCUUCUUAUACCCCUUGCCAGAAACUCAUGCCAGUUUCACAUUUUUAAAAAUUAAUGUGCCCAUUAUAAAUCCUAUUCACAUUAGGCAAAUUUUCAAAUUAUGCAUGAUUUUCUUGGAACAAAUAAUAAUUAAAAAAGUUCGCUUGCAUAGCACCUUAUCCUGCCCUAUGGACAAUUUCAAAGUGCUUAACGAAUGACAAGGUAGUGUGACACAUCAAAAAUGGUUUAAGACAAAACAAAAUGACAAAAAAAUCCCUAAUGGAAGUAUCAUUUCCAUAUCAAAUUUGUCAAGAAUCAAACCUCUUUUUCUUUCUCUCUCACACACAAACAUAUACACACAGCCAAGGUUUCUCAUGAGUUAUGGAUGAAGAAUGUAUCUUCACUACAACUUUCCCCAAGAACAUUUUGGUAGUUAUUUAGCGACUCCACAAUUAAGUUGGAAUUUUGUCCACCAAUUUCAGUACAUUUUAAAUUUUGUUUUGAUGUCUUAUGCAGGAAUUUGAAUGAAAUUUCAUCUCACGCUGUCUUAAAAUUUGUUGUGCUCUCCAGUUUUGUUUCCUUUUGGGUUUUUUUCUGUGUAGGGGAUCUUACAUGUCUUUAACAACUUGGACCUCUUAAAAUGCUUUUAUUUUGCACUGAAUAAAUAUUUGGAAAGUAGGAAAAUAAAAAGGUGUUUGUUUGAUUGGA